UCUCCUUGGACCCACGCGCCCUUGCGUAAACAAGAGCGUGAGAGGAGGAUUUAGACAACCAGAAGGCAAACGUUUCAUUCCAGAACCUUCGACUUGUCUUGUAAACAUGAGCAAGAUAGCUGGCAUCUUACGGCGGACCUUUGGAAUUGUACGAGAGCACGUUGGAACAGACCAUUUUGGAAACAACUAUUAUCUUAUCCCCGAGCAGAAAACAUGGACAGGAAGGCAUGUCCGUGCCAAGCGGAUCGUAGUGCCAGCCAAUUUUUCAGUGCAUGAAUAUACGGAGGGCAGCAUUCCGAAAGAGUGGGAUGCUUGGAUCCAAGGCAGACGGAAGGAGCCCCCCUCCUUAGAGGAGCUCAUGAAGAAUGAGUCCCAGAUGAACGAGAUUAAACAGAAGGCCAAAGAGUUGGAGAAGAACGAUCAGGCUCUGCAGGCUAAAGAGUACAAGGAAGGUCUGGUGACGACUCGUGCAAGGACUGAAGCCAAGGGCCAUGCAGCCGCAACUGCCUUUGGCAAGCAGGAGGUCAGCGAGGAGCCAAGCAGCACUGCGAACACGUUCCAGCCAGGAUCCUGGAUGCCCACUUCAAAGAAAUAACUAGAGACAUCCACACACUGAGAAUAAAGUUUAUGAAAUCCACAA